AUGAAGCAGUUCGGCAAGCCUCUGCCUCCGGGCGACCGAGACCGACCUCCCACUCCGGUCGGAGCGUGCAAGACUCGGAACAUCCUGAGCGGCGGGGAUGACGGAUGGCGCCGUUGCACGCUUUCGUCUCCUUUCGACCCUGGCGCAGGGGGAAUCGGUAUCAUCCCGCCGAACAUCGUUGGAACGGUGAUGCCUUUCGUCCCCCUUCUCUGCCUCUUCACAGCCAUUAAAGCGGGGAAGUUCAAACUGGCGUUCGACAACAAGCACCGAAAGUUCAAGGGACAUAAGAGACCAUCCGUGAACAAGAUAGUCGUGCACCAGCACGUGAAGAAGCCGCACCACCACCACACACCGGAGCCGAUCUUCGUGGACCCCUCCUCCUCGUCCUCGUCCUCCUCUUCGCCAUCCUCGUCGGGGGGCGUGGGGUCCUUCACGAACCACCUCACUCCCUAUCCGCUGAGACGGUCGGGUGGGAGAGGAAAGCCGGCGCGGAAGCGGAAGAGGUCGGACAAGGCAGAACGUGAGGAAAGGCCCUCGAACUUCUCGAGUCAUCUCUUUAAACAGCUGAAGCAUUCCACGGAGAACCCCGAUGAUCGGCGAGGAGGCACGGUUCACAAUUGGCGCUUCACUCGAGGGAUGGGUGACUUCUUGACUCCGGUUUUGAUUUCCUGUCUCUUUUGGGCCGGAUCGUCCUCGAAAAUCAUCGUGUAUCAUGCCGUGCACCAAGGGCGAAGAUACGGGAACGCGCCACAGCAGUUCCAAGCGAAGAACCUCGAGGACUGCACCGUGAAGUGCGCGAGGACGAACCCGUCCGGGCCUUUCCUGGCUUUCAACUUCAGGGAACGGGAUGGGUUCUGUCAGCUGAUUCACAAUGAGAAGAGUGGUCUCGUUCCCUCGGAUGGCUACCAGGCAUACGUACAAUUUCUGUGCCUGACGGACUACCCGAGGAUGGAGCACGCGACGGAAUCUUUCGUGGCUUGGACGGGUGAGCAUCCAGCCCCACCCGGUGGGGAGGUGAAAUUCUCUUGCAUCCACCGGCGAGGGUUCGAGGAUGGCAGGAAGGAGCACCUUGCCACCUGUUCCUCGACUGAAGCCGAUUCCUGGAGCUCGACGUUCAUCGAAGGCGAAAGGGUCCUCUGUCCUGAUGCACCGAGGCAAUUUUCAGCAUCGUGCGUGACCGAACACCCGAAGAUGGAAAAUGCAGUAGUGGCAUACGACGGAUGGGACGGGAAGUACCCAGCGCCUCCAGGCGCCCAGGUCGUCUAUACCUGCCGUCGUUCUUGGCGGUUCACUGAUGGGUCGAGCACGCACGAAGCCACCUGCUCGUUUCGGCUCGAUGACACUUGGGAGACCUCCUUUCGCGGGGAGGACGUUCAAUGCCGAUAUGAACUGGAUUAUCCCGAAUGCCGACUGACGGAGAUGGGGAAGGAAUACAUCGGGACCGUGAGCGUGACGGAGAACGGAAAACCCUGCCUCAGAUGGGAUUCCCCGGAUGUGAAAUCGUCAUAUCGAACAGUUGGGAAGGGAUUCUAUGAAGGCAUGUUCUUCGAAGAGCACUUCCUCAACCAGGAUCCGUCUUCCCACAGGAAUUUCUGCCGGAACCCAUCGACGAACGAUAUGCCUUGGUGUUUCGUCGAUGAUGGUGGUUUGACGUGGGAGUAUUGCUGGAUUCCAUUUUGUGAUGAUCUAAGUGCACCUGAAUGCAAAAUGACUCAAAAGGGAGCAGAAUACUCGGGCACACUAAAUAAGGCCAUUUCUGGCUCUCCGUGUCUCGCGUGGCUCGGUGAGCAGGAUCUGAGUCCAGAAUGGAGGUUUGCGAUUAAGGGACAGGCAUUCCCCGAUUCCAUCACGGAUGAGCACAACUACUGCAGGAAUCCGACAGGGAAGCCGGGCGGUCCUUGGUGCAAUGUCCAAGAUCCCACAGGGCGUGAGGUGAAUUGGGAGUAUUGCGAUGUGCGUUUUUGUGCCGUGAAAGACGCGGAGAGGGCGUGCGACGAUGACGGAGGAUCGGAGGAGCGAUGCGCGUCGAAGCCCCUGGAAUGCCGCUUGACUGAGUUGGGGCUGGAGUACGUGGGAAUCAAGAACGUUGAUGCGGACGGUCGGAAGUGUCAACCCUGGUUGGGUCGGGCGAACGACAAGCGAUUUUCAGUCAUGGACAUAAUGAUGAUCCCUGAUGAAGGUGUUGACAGUAGUCACAACUACUGUCGCAAUCCUGACGCUAACCCGUAUGGCCUCUGGUGCUUCACUGAAGAGGGAACUGGCGAAAGAUGGGGACAUUGCAUGGUCCCUUUCUGCUAUCAAUUGUAUGAGCGCUUCGCCGUCGAGGGUAAACCGGCUGAAGGAUAUCCAGAAUGCUUGCAGACCGCGAUGGGGAAGGAAUACGUAGGAACGACGAGGAAAACGAAGACCGGAAAGCCCUGUCUCCGAUGGGAUUCCCACCCAUAUGGAAAACCUGAGGACUUCGACUCGAGUGCAACUUAUGAGCAUCAUUUCCGAUUUGGCAAUUCCACGUUGCACCAGGAUUUCUGCAGGAACCCGACGAUCAGGCAGCAACCCUGGUGCUUCGUUGAAGAUCUAGACAUCGAAUGGGAAUUUUGCCAAAUUCCCUUUUGCCCCAACUACCCCAGUGAGCCCACUCCUAUCCACGAAUCCCUGUAG